UUCGUUUAAGAGCUAUGAAUCGAGAAUAUAGAAAAAAAAAUACAAACAAUCUGUGGAUGCGAAUCUCUUGUUGGGGUAAACUGGAUGAUGCCGGUAGUAUUUUUGCGAUAUUCAAAUCAGUUCCCGGUGAGACGCGUCUCGGUUUAGGCGGGCUAGUAACUUAGGUCCUGGCCACUCGAAAAAACAGAUCCGGCGGAUAAACUUAAACCGAUAAGUUUUGUUCCAACAUUUGCAGUAAGUGGUAGGAAGUUUUUACGGAAUAAUCGUAUCAGUGUAGUUUUGCGUGGGCGGAUGAAUGAAAAUAUCAUCGAUACUCCUGUGCGAUACGGGUUGUGAUCGGUUCGCUAGUUUUUUUCUUUCUUAAAAUCGCUACUAGUGAGGUGACUACACAAGAGGCUGAUUAAUUUGAAGAUGUUUGUAUGGUCAACCGGCUGCUGAUGCCCAAAACAGUGUGACAAAGCUUGGGUGCAGGUUAUGAUUAAUGGGUCGAAUAAGCUGAAUAUCAAUGGUUUGCCGUCUGGCAGGUGUAACUUAUAGUCCUGUUUGCCGUUUUUGGGGGUUCUUAAACCAUGUGCUGAGAAUGUGUUUGAAUUGAAAACAAAAAUCUAUCUACAGUGUUCUGCAUUGCUCAAGAGAAUUUGUGCUGUACUUUGAGAAUUGUUUGGCUCGAGAACAGGACAUGCUGGAAGAAAGAUGUGGAUUUAACACAAUUUUCGUUCUGAAAAAAAAAACGCUAGUCGAAAGGUUCCCGCGAGGGUCGGAAGAUUAACGCCCGUCCACCCCCACCGGGCGCGACAAUUCUCGUAGAUCAUCCGUUUGUGGCGCAUCAUCAUGGUCAAACUCAGCUGCCUGCUCGUUUUCUUCGCACUUAGUUUAGAUGUUUCGCAUAGUUGGAGAUUUGACAGAUUACCCAGACUGUAUGGAGACAAACUCUCGAUGAAAGUGAUAUCACCGCGGACGCGCAAAGUUCAGCGCCGGAUCAUCGUUCUGCAUGAUUUUUUCCGCACCAAAGUUUCCCCACCGGCUUCCAACAUGCUAAGCAUGAAAUGGCACCACGGAGCAGCCCGAUCGGCGCAGAAGUGGGCGGACCAGUGCCGGUUGCUCACUCACGACAGCCCCAAAGGUCGCUGGAUCGACAACUACGGUGCGUGCGGUCAGAACAUCUUCGUGUCCACCCAUAAGGUUCCCUGGUUGUUUGCAUUGCGAACAUGGUUCCUGGAGAAGCACAACUUCACGUACGGAUCGCCGAAGAACAAUCUGGUGGCGGUUGGGCACUACACGCAGAUGAUUUGGGCGGCCACGCAUAAGGUUGGUUGUGGUUUGACCAAAUGCCCCAGUGGAGGACCCAAGGGAAAGCCAUUCUUCAACUAUGUCUGCAAUUAUUGUCCGAUUGGAAAUCAUGAAGACAAACUCGGAACGCCCUACAGGAGAGGAAAACCUUGCGGAGCAUGUAAACACCACUGCCAUUCGAGUAAAAUAAAACUUUGUACCAACACAUGCAAUUCCGCCGAUCUGUGGGCCAACUGCCGCGAGCUGUACAAAACCUGGCCCGGGUGGCUUUGUAACACGGUUACGCCGGAAGGUUUGGAACGACAACGGAACUGUAUGGCGACCUGCACCUGCCAGGGAAAAGUUCAUGACUGACCCGACGAAGAUUUCUAGGAAGAAAGAAGUGCUGCCAUCAAAGAGUUCAACCAAUUUAGGAAAGUUUCAAGAUCACUCCUAAACUGUUCUAAUCUGCCGCCAAUAUUACUGAGCUGUCGUUUUUUGUAUUUUAGGAAUCAAGUCAUUAUUUGAAAUACGUUAAAGAUAUU